AAAAGAAGCUGGCUGCGCGGGCCUCUAGUGCUCUCCCUGUAAGAAAGCAGGAUGCAUUUUAGAAACUUUAACUACAGUUUUAGCUCCCUGAUUGCCUGUGUGGCAAACAGUGAGAUCUUCAGCGAAAGUGAAACCAGGCUUCCAGAUUAGACCAGCUAGAGAAAAAGCGCCUUAGAAAAUCAUCACACUGGGAUAAAUAAUUUAAAUGUGGGAUUAAUGUGCCUCCUGGGCAGCGGAUCUCAUUGAGGCCAAAUUUGAAUCCCUCUUUAGGACAUAUGACAAGGACAUCACCUUUCAGUAUUUUAAGAGCUUCAAACGUGUCCGAAUAAACUUCAGCAAUCCCUUGUCUGCAGCUGAUGCCAGACUGCAGCUGCAUAAGACUGAGUUUCUUGGGAAGGAAAUGAAGUUAUAUUUUGCUCAGACUUUACACAUAGGAAGCUCACACCUGGCUCCACCCAAUCCAGAUAAGCAGUUCCUGAUCUCGCCUCCUGCCUCUCCGCCGGUUGGUUGGAAACAAGUGGAAGAUGCUACUCCAGUCAUAAAUUAUGAUCUUUUAUAUGCUAUCUCCAAGCUUGGGCCAGGAGAGAAGUACGAGCUGCACGCAGCGACCGACACCACCCCCAGUGUGGUGGUCCAUGUCUGUGAGAGCGAUCAAGAGAACGAGGAAGAGGAGGAGAUGGAGAGGAUGAAGAGACCCAAACCAAAAAUCAUCCAGACAAGAAGGCCAGAGUACACACCUAUCCACCUGAGCUGAACUGGCACCGGGCGAAGAAGCAUGCUCAGUCAUACUCACGGGAGGAAUCUUUUACUGUGGAAGUGGCCGGUCACAACUUGGGAGGUGGCAGCCGUGACCGCUAUGGCAGAAAUCCAGUUCAUGUUGCUCAGAAGAGAAUCAAGGCUUCGUCUCCUUAUUCUGAUGCUGCACCUCAGUCCACGUCCAUGGCACCCAGGAAUGUCUUGGGCCAAUCACUGAGUUUGUUGUGAUCGCACAAGGACAUUUGGGGACAUCUUGAGAAAACCAAUAACGAUAGUGUCUUGUACUUGUUCUUUUCUGGUAGGUUCUGUUUUCGCCUAGGGCAGGUUGAUCAGUGGGUCCAGGGAGUGCUUUCCGCUUCUAGCCAGUGUACAGGGCUCAAUCCCAACUGGUAGGAAGAAGCAUCAUGCAAAGCCACCAAGUGUCUAGUGCAGAAAGGUUGUGAAAACAACCGCAAUGCCAUGUGGAAUUGUAGCGUCUCAUUUCUUCCCUCAUGUUCGAAUGUCUGUGCAUGUUUAUUACUGAUUUUCAAGACUAACCUUUGUUUGUGUAUGAAGUUACGCAUUGUUGUUUCACAUCCUUUGGGAAGUAGGAAAGCAUUGGGAAUCUGUCACCUUCCAGAUCUUCAGCUCUUUGCAUCCACAUGUGGAAGUGUACCUGGAAGACCGUCUCUCGGCAUCCUAUCCAGUGUAGCACGUGACUGUGCUCCUGCAAAAGACGCUGAUCUGAAUUCCUACGUAGAAUAGCUUAUACAAUUCAGAGAAUAGCAGUUUCACUGCCAAUUUUUAGCAGGUGAGAAAUUUUAGUUUAGGUGUUUGGGUUGGAUAUCAGUCUCCAUUGUUUCUUUAUGUAAUGGUUUCUAGACAAGAAUCAUAACCAAAGGUCGCUUUGGGAACUAUUGGUUGAGAUAGUUGGUUUUUCACCCCACUGAAACAUCCAGAUAAACUUGUAAAUAGAGCUGAUAGCAUAUAUCCAUACCUGUUGUACUCUUGGGUGAAGAAACGUGGCCGUGGAAGGAUAGUGUAAGCUGUAUUAACCUACCUGUGAAUCGUAUGUUGUAGAAAAGCCGUCCACGUGUUUAAUGGGAUGAACUCAAAGCAUGUAAAGUGAGUAGUAGAUGUGUGUUGAUAUGAGAAGGAUGCAGUGCCUUUCCCCAUAAUUCCUGAUGGAAUUGUUACACUAGGUGAACAUUUGUAAUUUUUUUCUAGUUGUAAUGUGUAUGUCUGGUAAAUAGGUAUUAUAUUUUGGCCUUACAAUACCAUAACAGUCUGUCAUUCUGAAAUACCUAAUGCCAAGUAACAGUGCAUGCUUUGGAAAUUUGGAAGAUGGUUUUCUUUGGGAAGCAAAUACGUUUGCAUUAACUUCUUGGAUUGUUCAUAACAAGAAAUCGAUUGAAUGUUCUCAAAACCCUGUUUACAGUGCUUGGUAGGAAGGCACCGGUUAGGGAGAGACCAUUGCAUAGCUGUUCAAGUGUUUCUAGUUAAGUGCUUUUAAACUGGAGAGGCUAACCUCAAAAUAUUUUUUUUAACUGCAUUCUAUAAUAAAUCGGCACAAUAUGCUCUUUCCGGAAACUUA